UAACAGUCGGGCGUGGUACAUGAGUGCCGAAAUGGACAGUGAUUGGAACGCGGAGCCAUACCGAACGGUUCCGCAAAUGGAAACCGGUGACCCCAUUGAGACGAAACCGGCACUGCCACGGUAUGACGACACGGUCAAACAGAAGAGUCCCCAGGGGAACACGUUCGUACAGAGCGUGUUUGAUAUGACACUGAUAACGGUGAACUUUUGCCAAAUCUGCUACAUACUGAAGGUUGGGCCAGGACUCGGGAUGUUGUACUAUUUACUGCUGGGACUUUUUGGUAUUUCGCUCGUGCUGCUGUUCCUUCACGGAUUUAUGGGCCUGUUCGAACGGUUAAGAUGCAGCAAACCGCUGCCCAACGGAUGCUUCAACUGUCUGUACAAUGCGUCCCUGUUCAUGGUGGUGCUGGUGUACCUGGUCAAUCUCGUGGGGAAUGUACUUAUUUUGAAGGAAGCGGAAAACAAGUGCCACCUGAUGCUGGAACAUGGAAAGCCGACAACUCAACCUCCGUUGUUGGACACAACCACCGUGACAAAUUGAUACAUUUGUAUGUUGCGGACGAAGCCGUAGCUGGACGUUUAUAAUACUUGCAAUAAAAUCGUAGGAUGUUCCUUUCAAAGGAACCAGAAGCCACUUCAAAUCUCACUCGUCACACAGCGCAGCGAUGGCGUCCUUUGGCAAGCGAUAGAAGUGCCAGCGCUCGGUUUCGGUUAGAUCCAGCGCACCCAUCCGGCGGUAGAAGCUGGUAGCCGGAUUCCAGUCCAGCACAUGGAAGUCGAUCCGCGAGCAGUUACUGUCCCGUGCAUGGUGAGCGAGUGCCUUGAAGAAAUGUUGGCCGUAUCCGUGCCGUCGGUACUGCGGCCGAAUGUAGAUGUCCUCCAGGGCCAG